CGAUCGUUAUAAACCCUGACUGGUAUUCCAUAUAAAAACAUCAUGAUCAGUUGCCCUCUAAUCAAACUCUCAGAUUUUGAAGAAACCUAAUUCCGACUAGAAGAAAAUCAAAAAGCCAUAGAAAAGUUUGGUGAUUCCUGACUGUGCUUUAAUCAUAGCAAUCAUGAGAUUCAAGAAGGGUAGUAAGGUGGAGGUUUUUAGCAAAAAGGAGGUCUCUACUGGUGCUUGGCUUUGUGCUGAAGUGAUUUCUGGGAAUGGGCACACAUAUAGCGUGAAAUAUGGUUGGUUUCCAUUGAUUGACAAAGCAGUUGUGGAAAGGGUGCCUAGGAAGGCAAUUAGGCCCUGUCCACCCCCUGUGCAAGGGGUUGAUUGGGUUUCUGGUGAUCUUGUUGAGGCUUUUCAGAACCUUUCUUGGAAAACAGCAAGGAUAGUGAAGGUUAUGGGCGAGAACAACUUUUUGGUUAGAAUACUUGGAAUGUCUGAAGUUUUGCAGGUCCAUAAAUCUCAUUUAAGGGUUCGACAGUGCUGGCAAGAUGGUAAAUGGAUUGUGGUUGGAAAGGUUUUGGAGAUUUGUCGCAUGUCUAUGGGCAAAAAGAAGCCAAAUAAUCAAUAUGUUAGAGAUGAUUGUCCUGUGGAGAAAAGUAUUGUAAUUCAAAAGUCUCAUAUGGUUUCAACGAGAACAUUGAAGAGAGGAUCACCACUUAGCUUGUAUGAUCUUGAAGCUCAUCCAGUAACUGCUCAAAAGAAGAGACUGAUUGAAAAAGAUGGUAGCCAUCAUCGAAAUUGUUCAGUGCAUCCAUCUACAACUCUUGAAAAGGUAGAUGCAGUUGUUUAUCCAAAUGCAAUAUUGGGUAAAAAUAAUGUUCUCUCUUCCUUUAAUGUUGGAACAGCUGAGUAUUCUAAAAUGGAUAAAAAUAGGGGGAAUGAUAGUUUUCUUGUCGAGUCCUCAAUAUCUGUGCAUGCUGAUAGUUGUGCAUCCUCUGUUGGUAGUUGUAGUGCUAUGGGCAAUGAUUCUCGAAACUUGCCUUUUAGGUUUUCUACACUGCAUUCUAACCAUAUAGAGGAUUGCUGUAGUGAUGCUGAAUCAUCUUCUGGAGUGGAUUAUGAGAAAGAAAGAUGUUCAUUUUCUUCAGAUGAGCAAUCGGGAGUAGAAUUCCAUAGGUCAGAAUUACAUACAUAUUGUUCUGCUAUUGAGGAAUUAUAUGCUUUGGGGCCUUUAAGUUGGGAAGAUGAAGCAAAAUUGACAAAUCUACGUCACAUGUUUCAUAUUUCAGAUGAUGAGCAUUUGAUGGUGCUGAGAAAUUUGAUACCUUCUAAUAGUAUGCUUCUUGUCAGCUGACUUGAUUUAGUCUCUUUUUUUCUUCUCCUUGGUAUAUUUUUCAUUAUUGAUGUCAAGAUGUUGUAAAGGACUAGAUGGCAUGAAAGAAAUGUAUAAUCUAGACUUUGUUUUUCUUUUGAUUUAACAAGUUACCACAGUUUAUUUCUAUUUUUUCACUAAAUUUUUCUUUUUGUUCAAUUGGCUGAAUGUGUAUUUAAUUUCUGCAACAUGAAUCACAAUAGUCAUUUGAAGUUGUUCUACUGUUUAUUUGUGUAUUUGGAAUUUUCUACUUGCUCAGUUCAUUUAACUUGCAUUGUGGAGCAGUUUGUCAAAUAGAUUUUAAAUAAAUUUCCAGUUACGUAUAAAAGGUAAUCUUUUGCCAAAUUGGUAAUUAUCAAAAAACCUCAAUGGAAUGAGAUAGAAAUAUUUAAUCUUUUUUCCAAAUGUCAAAAUGCAUGUCCUUUGCAAGUCCUACAAAGCUUUAUAUGAGGUUAAACAUUUGUGAAUUCCAUUGCAUGUGUUGUUUUUGAUAUUUAAGAACUGGAAUUGUCAGGAUUUGCCACAUUUAUUAAAUAUUUAUUUAUUUCGCUUUUGACAUGAUCAUUCUAUGGGAUUUUCCAUCAAACCUUUUUCAUAUCCCCUGUAAUGUAUGAUGUCUAGCAGCAUGGAGUUUAAGGUGAUGAAUAUGCUGAUGCUUCACCUGUGCAUAUCAUGGCCAAUAUUGGAGGCAUGCUUGUUUCUAGAGGCCUCAAGGUGAUGGGUACUUCAUAGAGUUGCCCUCAUAUUGGGUGUGGACUUUGGGGCAGCAUCUGCACUUGAUUUCCCACAGAAACUUGUGACUGGCUGCCCUGGCCAUUGUAAUAGAAGAAAAAAGGAUACUCACCAUUUGACAUGAGGUUAUACUUCUGGCAUUUGGAUACGGGAGAAGUAUUUUUCAGACAAUCAACAUGUCUGAAUUUCUUGUAAGUUGAUUGGUAAAGCUAUUAUUUCAUUCAAACUGAACCUAAAGUUUAAUGUCUGCUUAUGCUUUACCAUUCUAUUGCCAUUUUGCUGGGACCAACGUUGAGAUCCAAUGUGAGAAUUAGUAAUUUACAGCUUCUUGUAUUGGUCAUUUAUCAUCGGCACUUUUGAUCUUAUGCCCUGAGGAGACUUGAUCUUUCAACCUUUCUAAGUAAAUUUGGUUGCAGAUCUAGUGUCUUAUAAUAUCAUAAAUGAAGUUUUUUUACAAGAAGAAAGAGAUAACUAUUAACUAUCAUGCAUUAUAUUUGAUAUUUUCCAAUCAAAAUCAUGCAAUAAUUGAAUAAAUUCAAUGUUUAUUGAUGUAGCCUUUUUGUAUCGCGUGAUGAAUCAUAAUUUGGUGAAUUUUAGUCUUUUUAGUUCCUAGGAUUUUUCAGCAAAAAAAAAAAAAAAUCCUAGGAUUUUGGAGUUUAUAUUUACAUAUUUUUAGAACUGAUGAAAUUUAUUGUCACAAACUUAUUGAGGAAGGUCUGUUCAGGCUUGAGUAUGGCAUUUGGUUACGGGUUACCUACCUUAAUUAGUAAAGCGGUAGUAACCAAACUGAGGUAAUACAAGACAUGAUUAAGAUUCCAUAACAUCAUAUCAUAUUCUUUAUUGCCAUUGAUAUAGCUCGCCCGAAACUGGAGACUAAGUGGGUUGGGUGCUGGGCAGCCCGAUUUGAGGGCAGCAAUCCAAACCCCAGCUCAUCCGGAACUUGGUGAUUGACAAAGAGCCCUUUGCUUAUGCUCGGCGCUUGCACGUCUAGCUUGGAUUCGGAACAACACGAGGAUCUCGGACAGAGAGAUCCAUGGCUGAAAUCACGGUACUGUGUGAUACGUUUGGGAUUGAUUGCUAAAUUACCAUAAUAUUGCCAACAGCUAUAACUAAGCAAGAACGAAAAGGUAAUGGCAGCUAAGCAAGGUAUGUUUUAACAUGUAUCAACAAAUCUCCAUUCAACGAUUCCUAAUCUUCAAUCUCUAUCAUUCUUUAAUUUAAGUGUCGGAUUGCCUGCCAUUAGGCCGCUGCCUCACUGUUUCUCUUGCAGAAUAUAGGUUAUCUAGCAUGGGUGACCUGAGGAUUAAUGGUAGCAUCAGCCAUGAUUAAUUUUAUGUUUUUUUACUAUGAAUUUAUUUGGGGUGUGUGUAUAUAUAUAUAUGGAGAGAACUUUCUUGGCUUUUUGCUGUCAAAACCCCUUAUUCGAAACAAAAACCUAAAAAGCAAAAACAGAAUUCAAUCAUUGGUUGCUCUUGGUUCAUUAUUGAUAAGCAAAAUCUUACCCGUUACAGUUAUCCGUUAGAACUUCAUCAUCAUUGUAUGAAAGUCGUUCCACAAGUCAAUUUCAAAGAGUUAUAUUUACAAGUCAUUUUUAAACAGUUAUUUCUACAAGUCAAAUUUGUCAUUUAAUGGUCCUCGUAUAACUGAAGUUGUGUGUGUGUGGACUGGGAGAUAGGAAAGCGUUCUGAUGAAUUUAUUAAUCUUUGUGAAUCAUUGACCAUUUGUGUUGUCCAAAUAUCCGUGGAGGUGUGGGGGAUGCAAGUGUAGGACGAGUGAGCAUCGUAAACAGUGGCGACAGCAUGUCAAGAGAAUCUCUAAUUAGGCGAAGGCCGCAGUUCUGCAGGGCUUCAUCCGUGCUUCGGGACAUCACAAAUAUCAACCAACACCUUGAACCAAAGGAGUUGAUUCAGGCAAAAGCCUGGUGAGAAAGCACCACCUGAUGCUAGCAAUCAAAUAGAAACUAACAAAAGGGGAGAAUUGAAACCGUAUCAUCUCCUUGAGCUUCUACGGAUGAGAGUAACAGGAGGAAAUAAUACAGCCGACUGACGAUACUCUUCCGACAAAAAUAAUAGAAGGAUGGUGAGUGCUCAUUCUGCCAAGGUUACUUAACGUUGGAGUUAAACGUAUUUAAGCCCUGGGCAAUUUACAAAUUGUAACCUUGGUGAAGUUGGCGGUAUGCCUUUCCUUGAAUCUCCAAUUUUCUUUUUAUGUAAAAAAAUUUUUUUUAGUAACAAAUUAGAACUAAUUAAAAAAAUAUGAUUUUUUUGUCUAA